UGAUCCCCACACAUUUCCACGUAUAUAAUGUUACCGGUUCUUCCGAACGAACUUGGCCACGGUAGGGUUAAAGUGCGAAGAAACCCACGCCGCGUCCCUGCACCCCCGCUUCGCUCAGAGCGUCUGAGGCAAGUAGGUUUGCCCAUGCUUCGUGCUCUUGAUAUUUCCACUCACCGGACGCAUUAUGAAGUUCUAUCAGUAAAGGAAGAUGCCGCUUAUGAGGAAAUUCGGGCAGCCUACAGGUCAGCUGUGCUGAAUACUCAUCCUGAUAAAGCUCAGAAGGUUUCCGUUCCAUCGCGGGCUCACUUUCAAGAACAAGAAUUUCUGGAUGUCCAAAAAGCAUGGGAAGUUCUCUCUGAUUCCAAAUCCAGAGAAGAGUAUGACAAGGAAGUGCGAGCUCUAAGACAGGAGUUGGAGGUUGUUGCUGAUGAGGUUGAAUUGGGUGAUAUGACUGUAGAGAAUACUGGCGAAGUUCAAGAGCUUUUAUAUUUAUGCAGGUGUGGUGACUAUUAUUCCGUAAAUUCAUUGGAGCUCAGGGAAAUGGGGAUUAUGUUGAGUGAGGAUGGAAGAACAGAAAAAAAAGGGGUUUGUAUUGAUCUUCAACCUGUCUCUGUUCUACUGCCUUGUGGUUCUUGUUCACUUAAGAUCCGUUUGACAAUAGAUGCGGCUUGCUGAUCAUGUUGUUAACUUUUUUGGUUGUACUUCUUGUGUUUGAACAGUUGAAUCCAUUCGUUUUGAUUUUUUCCAUUCAUGUUGGUAAUUAGAAUGGGUUUCACAAAUUUUGGUCUUCGAGGCUUUAGAUUAACCUGCGGCGGAUGCUAUGUGAUAGAGGAAUUUACUACUGUUCGUCAUGAAACCCUUACAACAGAUGGAUGUGGAAGCUUGCCUUUCGCACAAGCUUACUUCUCUGAGCCUUAGAUUGAGAACUUGACUUGCAAAUUUAUACUGCGUAUCUGAGGUUUAUCUUCAAUCUUGUGAUUUAGAGAAUGUAAUUGAAUGAACUGAAUGCUUUUGGAAUCA